AUGCGUGGGCAGUUUUGCUUGUUUACCGUGAUAUGUUGGCUGCGUGGAAGUGCCCUGGCUGCUUUACGGCUACAUCUGGGACAGGGCGGGGGGAAAGUGGCUGGGAAGAUUGUUUUGCGAGGCGCGGUCGACCUUGACCAGUGCGAGGAGGUUUCAAGACCUGCGGGCACCGGCCUGCUCCAGGCCAAGUCACACCUGGACCCCAGCACCUCAGCAGGAUCUAACGCCGAAUUGGCAUGGCGGCCUCGCCAUGUCGCGUUGAACUUAGGCCGGCUGCAAGAGGUGGAGUCGGAGUCGGACCUUGCAAUUUUGGGCGAGAGCUGGCAAGGUGCCCUGCAACUUCAGGAGCUUGGUGCUAACAACAGCCUCAACCGACUCGCUGCUCAGUGCCGAAAACAGAAGCGCAAGGCUAAAGCGCAGGUUCCCAGGGUGCCGCUGGAGGUGGCCCAGCAGCUCCGGGAAGUCGCAAGGGCGGACGUGAUCCGAGUCGGAGACGAUCCCUGUCCGGGAGAGCUCACGCUGUGGCAGUUCUUUCACAACGAAACCACCACGAGCUGA